UACCAUUUGUCAGUGUGAACAAAAGUUGAAUAUUCAUUUUUGUUCGUUUGUUUGUUUUAGCAGUGUUAAAGCAGAUGAAAUGGAAAAUAAUAAUUUUACUAUGUCUACAUUUUUAAUGUGUUUUAUUAAACGUGAAAUACUAAUACUACUAAAAUGUGGAAAUAACAACCCUGAGCACAAUGACCAGAUAGUUUUGCUCUUCAAAAAUGGCUACCACCGUGAAGACAGUGGCGGUUGAAGAUGUCAAUGUUACGUUUGAAGACCAGCAGAAGAUAAACAAGUUUGCAAGAAGCACGAACCGGAUGACUGAACUGAAAGAUGAAAUAGAAGCCAAAAAAAAAUCUCUACAGAAUUUGGAGGACGCCGGUGAUGACAUUAUGAUGCUGGAUGAUGAUGCCUUACGGAUUCCUUACCAAAUCGGGGAUGUCUUCAUUAGUCACACCCAAGAAGAAACGCAAGACAUGUUAGAAGCUGCAAAGGAGUCACUGAAAGAUGAGAUAAAGGGGCUUGAGGGCCAGGUCUCCUCAAUACAGGAAGUCUUAUCUGAUCUGAAGGUUCAGCUCUACGCCAAGUUUGGGAACAACAUAAACCUGGAGGCAGAUGACAGCUGAGGCUACAGCACGUGGACAUCAUUUCACACGCUGUCCGUGUGCAAGAGACGUUACGGUCCUCGCAACAUCAGCCGUUUGGAAGUGCUCUACAUUUCCCUCCACAAUGUCCUUUUUUUCUUUCAGGAAAUAUGCCAUUUCAUCCCCAUUUUGUAAUACAACCGUGCACUUGCAUUUGGGAAUUGCUUUUUUGUUUUUUUUUUGGUUGAAGUUUUACAGUCAAAAGUCCCAGAGAAUCUUAAUGAUUAAAUAUGUUAAUAUAUGUGUUGUGUACACACAUGUACGGUGGUCAAAGUGGAAAUGAAAAAGUGCUGAAAUAAAGAAUAAAUUGAAGACA